GUUCUACUCCUCUCCAUACAUCUCCACCAAUAGGAUGAUAGCACAGACAUCCAUCACUCCCUUCGUCGCUGCCUCACCCGUCUCCACGUAUCAGGUCCAGAAUACAUCCUGGAUGCCUCAUCAACAGUAUGUUAUGCAACCUACCGGUGCUGUGAUAACCCCAGCUAUGGACCUCUCCAUGCCCAUGCAGCCCUCCAGUAUGAUGGGUCCUAUAACACAGCAAAUUAACCACAUGUCCCUGGGAAACACAGGAACCCAGUACAUGUGUGCAGCAGCUGCUCCAAUGCAAGGAGCCUACAUUCCUCAGUACCCUGCAGUGCCUGCCUCCGCCCUCACAGUGGACGCAGUGGUGACAGAGGACUCGCCCCAGACUGUACCCCCCUCCUCACAGGACCCCAACGGACAGCCACCCCUGGACAGCGACUCACCUGCCUACUCCUUCCAACAGACUAAAUAACAGGAGGAUGCAGAGCGAAUGUGUUUCCGGUAACUGCAUUGCCUUGAGACAGCGGCUGCACUGAAGCACUGGAGGGAUGGAGGAGGAAAAUACUGGAUGACAAAAAAGGAGGACAAAGAGAGAUCGUUUUAAUCUAUUGCACAGGCAUCAAAAAAAGACUUGUUUUAUCUGUCCAGAGAGAGAGAGCGAGAGAGAGAGAGGAGAGA